CCCCCCCCCCCCACCAUGACCUCCCCAACCUCCCUUGUCACCGAGCUCCGCCCCCUCACCUCGGCCGUCCUCACCGUGCGCAUCAUCAAGAACUUUCCCUUCCGCACAGCCAAGAACCUCGUCCUCCGCGACAUCGACUUGACGACGACCACGGUCGGGCAGCUGAUGGACAAGUGUCGUGAGGCCGUCGCAUCCCAAGUCGGCUUCAAGCACUACCGCACCGUGUCGCUCGACACGAUCAAGAAGUACACGGUGGCGCAUGGGCACAAGACCCAGAACCUUAUCAUCAACCUCGACCACGACGAGUGGAUCUUGAGUGAUAUGGACCAGACUCUAGCGGACGCUGGGUGUGAAAACGAGACCGAGCUCUCGUUCUUCAAUCGCCAGGCGUACGAGGAGUUCAAGGCGCAUCCUGAGACUCGGUGGGACUAGAUCUGUAUGCAUUCUGGGAUUAUGUGACCCCUACUUGGCAGCAUUCGCCUCGCGCUGCAUAUUCGCGCGCAUCCGCUCG